AUGUCCAACCAGCAGCUCGCCCAGCAGUUCUAUGAGACGUUCACCAAGGCACACGCCGUCUCAGCCCUCCACAAAGAUCUCGCCGCCCUGAUCCAGCAGUGCACCCUCUCUCCCAGCUCGGACUCCCUCGCCCGAAUACACGCUGCCAUCUCCGAACUGCGAAGGCAUCUGGUCAGCGCGGGCAGCGAGGGAUAUCUCCCGAGCUAUGAUCAAAGCCGGACUGAACAGCAACUGCGGUCACUCGAACAGUCCGCGGAACGCCUUCGCACGACCACCGUCCCAAAGUCCAAGUUCGCGUUCAGGCGCGCUGCCCCACCUGCCCCAUCGGGUCCACCUCCCUCUGGGAGUACGCGACGCACAUCAGGACAGCCCGCAAUGUCCACAUCUUCCGCCCCUUCCUCGCAAGCCACCACCAUGUCCGACACCUCCGCGUCUUCCGCAUCCGCAUCCAGACCGGCGACCGACCUCACGCUGCGCGGACAGACGCACAGCUACUUGGACCUCUCGUGGACCCCGAGUGCGGGACGAUCAGAGCUGAGCGUCGCGAUCGCCGACCUCGACCACUGCGUCGUGAACCUCCUUCCCUCCACGUCGUCCUCGCGCCGAGCGCCUACCCAGUUCUCGGCCGUGCACAUACUCAACGUCACCAACUCGCUCGUCCUUCUCCCACCGCUGAGCGGGAGCAUCAUGGUCCACGAUGCAAGACGCUCAACGAUAGUGGCAGGAUGCCAUCAGUUGCGUAUUCACACAUCGUCGAAAGUCGAUGUCUACCUCUCCAUCUCGUCGAACCCGAUCAUCGAACACUCAAGCCAGAUCAGGUUUACCAGUUAUCCCGAGGUGCUCGAUAACACAAGGGACGGCGGGGGCAGCGCAAAUUUCUCCGUGCAAGAUUUCUCGCACGUCCGUGAUACUGCGUCACCCAACUGGUCCGUCCUGGCGGAUUCCGAUCGGAUCGCUGAGGACACAUGGCCCGAGAUCCUGGCGGCCAGUCGGGAUGCGGCGGCAGGGAACUCGUGGACGGACAAGCUGGAACGCACGCUCCCCAACCCUUGAUCUUCUCGGUGAUUGGGGCGUCGGCAGGCAGCGAUGAUAGCGGGUGUACUCUAUCGAAUACAUACAUGCCUGAGAUUUCUUGUUCUUUCGCUUUCUGAUCGUCCCAGGGGGGUUUCUCAGUGCUGCACGCGACCUCUCCUGUCGCCUGAAUCUCAAAGUACCCUACAAC